GCAGCGGUGCGGGAUCCUCACGUCGGGGCGGCUCAGCGAUGGGCAGCACGGUGAUGGGCAGCACGGUGAUGGGCGGCUCGGCGCUGUCGGGAGCGUUGUGGCUGGGGCUGCUGUGGGCCGGGAGCGGGGCCGGGGGCAGCUGCUCGGGAAAGUGCUGCCAGGGCCGGGAUGCCUCCUGCGUCGGCGAGGGAUGGAGGGAGGGAGGGGGAUACGGGACCUGCUACUGCGACGGAGGCUGCCGGCGAGCCGGGGACUGCUGCCACGACCACAGCCAGGCGUGUCCAGCUCUUCCGUGUGUUGUGGGGGAGUGGAGUCAUUGGAGUGGCUGUGCAGAACAGUGUCAUCCUGGUCUGCGAAUACGCAGGCGCUACGUACAACAGGAACCUAAAAAUGGUGGGGAACCUUGUCCGGCUCUGGAGGAGAAGGCUGGCUGCCUGGAAUACCUGACUUACCAGGGGGAGGACUGCGGCCAUGAACAUGUCCCUGCUUUCAUAACAACCUCUGAAUACGGUAAAGAAAGAAAACGACGAGCAGUAUCUUCGCUCUGGCCCUCAGACAAAGAAGCAGCUGGAUACUGUGUGGAGUUUAGAACAGAGUCACUUUCAGACCACUGUGCCUUGGAGUAUCGGCCAUAUGCUCGCUGGAUGCAGUACCUACGUGAAGGACACACUGUGUGCGUCGCCUGCCAGCCUCCAGCUAUGAACACCGACACGCAUCGCUGUGCUGGGGAUGGCCAUAACGCAGAUGGAGAUAAAAUCUUACACUGGGAAGCAAUUGGCAACUCUCAGUGCCAAGGAACCUGGAAGAAGAUUCGGCAACUGGAACACUGUUCAUGUCCCCUGGUGCAUAGCUUUAUUUUUACAUAAAAGUUUAAAAGACCUUUAAAACAGCAACAACAAAAAGACUGAGAAUAUUAACAUCAAUGCCAAGAAA